CCGUUUCUGACGAAGAAAACAUAAAAAAACCAAAAUUAAUUUGGAACGGAAAACGUAAUAAGUUCCAAAAAAAGGUCGAUGAUGAAGCCAGCAGAUUUUUUAAAACACUCGUCAAAGCCAAAUGGAACAAACUAAGUGAUGGCACUACCAAGAAGAAUGUGUUAUGGGAAGAUGUCGGUGAAGAAAUGAACAAAAAUGGAUACCAAACUAGUGAAGGCAACAAAUCCGGUGUCAUUUGCUCACAGAAAUGGAACAAUAUGUUGAAUAUCUACAAAAACUUCACAUUGCUUGUGGAAAAAACUGGAUCAGGGCCAGACGUAUUGGAUAUGAAACCACUGUUGUACGAUGAAAUUCAGGAAAUUUUAGGUUCAGCACAGAAUGUGCACCCACAAUAUGUAGGCGAUUCAGCAAUGGAUACUCAGAAUCCUACAAGAAUGGACAUUAACAGCAAUCGCCAAAAACUAAAAGAGCUUGAAAAUAAAAAACUGCCUCUUCAUGAGAGUGACGACGAGGCUUUAAAUAACAUACAUUUUUCUGACGACGAGUGUGAUGAAAAUGAUUAUGAUGAAAAACAUGUUGAACCAAGAUCGAAAAAACGGAAAAGAAACCGUAAGGGUUCAAAUGCUGAGAAAAUGAUAGAUUUGUUUGCAGUCAUGGAGAAAAAAAGAGAGCAUGAAAGACACGAAACGAGACUCGAGAAGCAGAAACGCCAUGAAGAGAAAAUAGAUCAAACAAAGAAUCUAAUCGAGAUUUUGAUAAUGGCUGUCACACAAACCAAAGUGAAGAGUCAUAAGGAAAACCACGAUUCUGCUGAAAUUCUGAAACGCACGAAGAAAAAUAAGAAAAAGUUAAAGGAAAAUAAGGAUUACCGCCCACAUCUUUCACAUAAACAAUCCGGUAAUAAAAGCAGUGCAAGUAAUACAACUGACGAAGAAACAGGCGACAGUACUGAUCAAAACGAAAUGUUGUAUAAGAUUGAUCUCGUCUCCCGCACAUUCAUUCCUGCCUUAUCUUCGUCAUGGUUUUCAUGCAAAAGUAUUUGUGUUAUUAAGAAUACGUGGUGUCCCACGUAACUCAGAUUUUCAUUCCAGUUUUUUUUUCAGUUAUUGAAAAAUUAAAUGAAGUGCUUUUAUGAAAAGUACGGUUACCUGAAAUACAAAUUAUUGAUCUGGU